AAACUACUACUACUAACCUUACUCUUCAUAUAAAAAAUUGAAUCAAACAUCAUUGAAUUAUUUACUGUCGUAGAUUAUUGUCAAUGCUAUGCAGUACCGGUAGCUUAUGUCUCAAAUCUACUAUCUAGAUAGGGUUAAGAAAAUGAACAGUAAUAUUCCAGAACAUUUUCUUCAGGUUACAAGGGCAUCAUCGACGAAUGUUCUUGAAGAUGGGACGACCGUGGUUGUUCUCUCAACAUCAAGUGGACAGUUUAUUGAACUUAUUGAUGGCCGAGUGGUAGACUCCUGUGACGUUGACAGAAUUGCUGAUGUCAUUUCCAUUUUCACAUCAUAUGACCCUCUACAAAAGUAUUAUUUGCUUCAAUGUCAAGACUUUCUUGUGGUGUUAAAAAGGAAGCCACUGUGUAUCUUUAAAACAUACAAAGAUGUAGUGGAGUUAAAGAUUGAAGACAGAUUGAGAAUUGGCCAUCCUCAGGUUGUGAUAAGCACUAGGAAUGAGAAGGAGAUUGUAACAAACUUUGUAGGCCAGUUGCAUGCUCCUGUACCUCUUGCAGUGCCUGUGCUGACUGUCAGCCUCAAUGGAAAACUACAGGAGAUGAAUGCUCGAGUGGCUAAAGUACGUCGGAUGGUGCAGGAAAGACAAAAUCUCAGAUACAAAGCUUUGUACAACUUUACCCCUCAUGUUGUACCACCUGAUCUAGAUAUUGAGUGUGAGCCUCAAGUACUAGCGUGGGGUCCUUCCCUACCUCCCCCCACCACUUCUGGACCCACGGCUGACGCUCCUCUCCAACUCUCCUGUCCGUGGAAGAAGAUCCACAACGGAAAAUGGAUUGUUGGCAUUCCUGUUCGUAAUAAUUCCGCAUCAACAGUAAAUGACGUAAGAUUGCGACUCCGUCAGACCAGUGGCGGGGAGUCAGAGUCCCAACUGAGGUACCACAGUAUUGUUGUGGUAUUUCGCCCACGGAGCUCCAAAGGUGCUGAGUGGACAGAGCCCCACCACAAUGGUGCUGUGGUUAACGUGAUGGGGGACAUAGCCGGGUAUGCUAGGGCCGUGGUGGUAGCAAUAUUAGCCGAGCCCCUGUUCAAGAGAUCUUCAGUUGUUUCACUAACUGGUGCACUUAUUUAUAGAAACAACAGUCAACCAGAAGGUGAAACAAUCCAAGAUGUGUUAAGUGAUGAAAUAACCUUGGAUGUAGAUGAACUCAUCCAAGGAACUCUAGUGACAUUCUCUUCACAGAACACCGCUUCAGAAAGUGACCUGGUCAGUGUGUUAAGUAGCAGUCAAUGUUGGAAGCUUUGUGCCUCCCCCCGCCAUUUGAUGCCUCCAUUAAUUUCAGCAACAUUUGAAAUGGCAGGGCUAAUAAAGAUAGCGGAGCUAGGAUGUUGGGUGAGCCAGAGUAUGACAUGUGGGGCUCUUGCAGGACUACUCAUCAUAAUAUCAGACAGUGAAUUAUCUGGAGGAGGCCACACUCUACUUGUUUAUGCCAGAGAGAUGAGGCAAGUUCUACUGUUGGUGCGCAGACUACAGGUCCAGUGGAAGAUGGAGGUGUGCAGAGGCGGCUCAGCUAGUGUGCAAGACUGUGUUGAUAGCCUGAGGUCAGAGCUAUGCAUGCUGCGUAACAUCGCUAGAGCCGGUGCGGAGUAUACACACCAAGAGUGGGAGAAGAUAAGGGAUGACCUUGGAUCUCUGGAACUCGCUACAGACUUGAGUUUUGAGUCAUAUUCGUCCGUAUCUUAGUGGCAAGAUUCAUAAGGAUUAUAUGAAUUACAGUUUAUUGUUCGUUUGUAAAAAGUUUUCACAUGUUUGUGUCUAAAAAUAAUGUAUAGAUAACUAUUACAAUGUUUCUGAUUUAAAUUAGAAAUUACUGGAUUAAUCCUUUUGUGGGGCUCAGCCCCACAACUUGAAUGACCUAAACUCAACUGUCCCGUCAAGAAGCCACUCUUUAACCCAGGACUGUUUUCGUGCAUGUGCAGCGGCGAGCACAUCAGGCGAUUAAAAGUGUUUCUGUAGUAAAAAUACUUUAACUAACAUUAUUGAUCAUCAAAUCUGGCUCUUUGGGCCUGUGAUUCACGGUAAACUGUGUCCUCUGAUUAAAUUCAAGUGUUCAGCUAUCGUUUCCAGCACGAAUGGUUGUAUCGUAAUUGCCAGUCGAUUCCCAUACAAUCACUCCUGCUUGGCCCCACCGCCACACUUUGAGCUUGUAGCCUUAAAUAAAUAAAUAAAUAUAUCUU